UGCUUCUACGGUUGACACCAGUAUGAGCACUAGCAAUUUCAGUAUACUGCCUCUCGGUUCUCGAUAGGUGGCAAAUGAUAGCCGGUUUGGACGUGCUCUGAAACGCCUUGUGUCAUCAUUUGACUAAACCUCACAUCCCACUGCCCUUGCUGUUCACUUGACCAGCUUUGGUAGUGUGGUUGGUCAUAUAUGUUGGGAAGUAUGUUGAUGAGUCGAGAGAGGAUGGUGAUUAUGAUGCACAGUUCAAGGAUCUUGGGAAGUUCGUCAGUGAUUUACAGAAUCAGAUUCUGUACAAGGUUGAUGAAGGGCUUAAACCUAAACCUGUUACUCUUAUGAGCCAAUCCAGCUCGGAGACAAAUGAAGAGACUGAGUCUGGAGAUUACGUUAGAAGUCCUGGUCCAUUAGGUCCUCAGAUUCACCCCUCAGGGGUGGUAGUUCCUCCAAUACCAGGCCCAGGUUACAGCGAUCUCAUCCCUGGCCCAGGUGCUGGAGUAUACCCGGUCAGGGGUGGUUUAGGCGAUGGAAGCAUGCUUGUAGGACCAAACCAUCCUCGCAUGUUCCCUGGAGAAGGUAAAACUGAGGCUGAAGACUCAUAACCAAAAUGUGAAACAUGUGCUCUCUAUGUACAGAUCUGAGGAAGUGUUUGACCAGAUCGAUACUGCUCUGUCUAAACAGCUUCAACAGAGGGAACACUGAUCCAAGUUCACUUUCAAGUUGAAUCAUUCUUGGGAACGGACAGAAGAAAAGUCUGAGAAAAAGAAAGAUCGACACAAAAAAUAAGAAAUUGAGUAUGUUUUAUUGUUUUGAACUUUUUUUCUAGGUAGUUAAAACUUGAAUCUUUAAAACUUGUAUCUGUUGCAAAAGACAGGUUAGAAUAACUAAUUUUAUUAAGUUUAUUAUGUCCAAAAAAAUUAUUAUGUACUUUACAAACAUAUUUUGUUUGUCAGUAAAUAUUGAGGUGUAG